AAUGUUUCCUUUUGUAUCUCUCUCUCUCUCUCUCUCGCUCGCUCUGUGUCUAUUUAUUCCCAGAUUCUCUCUGCGUACAUACAGAGAGCACGGGAAUCCAAUGGCGGCCCAAAAUCUCGCCGAUAACGGAGACUUUCACGCCCCUUCGCCGAUUGCCGCCGAUGGUGAUGCCAGAUCGGCGCUCAUAUUCCUUGGCACCGGUUGUUCAAGCGCCAUUCCCAACGCCAUGUGCCUGAUCCAGCCCUCCCAUCCUCCCUGCUCCGUCUGCUCUCAGGCAUUGUCCAUCCCGCCCGAACAAAACCCUAACUAUCGGUGCAAUACGUCGCUUUUGAUUGAUUAUUGCCGAAGCGAUGGUAACCACAGCUAUGUGCUGAUUGACGUCGGGAAAACGUUCAGAGAGCAAGUGCUUCGAUGGUUUACUCGCUAUAACAUACCUCAAGUGGAUUCCAUUGUUUUGACUCAUGAACACGCUGAUGCAGUUCUUGGUCUAGAUGAUAUACGUGCUGUUCAACCAUAUAGUGCUACAAAUAGUAUUGAUCCCACUCCUAUCUAUGUAACCGAGUAUGCUAUGCAGAGCUUAGCAGUUAAAUUUCCUUACCUGGUCCAGAAAAAAAUGAAAGAGGGCCAAGAAGUGAGACGAGUAGCACAGCUUGACUGGAGGAUAAUUGAGGAAAGUUACGAGAAACCAUUUGUUGCAUCAGGCAUAAAAUUUGUUCCUUUGCCAGUUAUGCAUGGAGAAGAUUAUAUCUGUUUGGGUUUUCUCUUUGGUGAAAAAAGUAGAGUGGCUUAUAUAUCCGAUGUUUCACGCUUUAUUCCUAGCACAGAGAAUGUCAUUUCAAAAGGGGGAGAUGGACAAUUGGAUCUUCUUAUCUUGGAUACGCUUUAUAAGAAUGGAUCCCAUAAUACUCACUUCUGCCUACCACAGACUCUUGAUGCUGUGAAGAGGAUAUGUCCAAAACAAGCUUUGCUAAUUGGUAUGACUCAUGAAUUUGAUCACCACAAGGACAAUAAGUAUCUUAUGGAAUGGUCUAGAAGGGAAGGAAUACCUGUGCAGCUUGCUCAUGAUGGUUUGAGAAUUCCUAUACACCUAUGAUAAGGUAAUAUGUAGUUACGGCUGAUACACACUAUAUUGGGUUUCCACCCCUCGUUGACGGGUGGAAACAAACACAUUUGUAGUCUGAGUCACGGGUUAUUUUCCGUGUGAAUGGUUUAAGUAAUGAAGAGUUAGAAUUAUGAACAGGGAUUAGGUGCCAUUAGUUACCAAAAUAACAUGCCAUGAGGCAGAUCGAAUUUGUAUUGCUAUUCUCACAAAACAUUGCUAGUGCGAGCCUCUGUAAUAUUUUUAAAGCUGAUCAAUCAAUGCAAUGAUAUUUUGAAAA